UUUUUUCCCAACUCAUGCACAUGUGCAGAAAGUGAUGUUCUAUAGCACCCAAGUAUCUUGUGCGGGCAUAUCAUCCCUUGCUGUCUCAUGAACCAAGGAGUUACCCCUGGGUGUAACCCAUCUUCUCACAUAUUCGUAUCUUCCCCUACAGGUGUCCAGGUCACACUCUUCAUUUAUGGUCUCCACCACAACCCGAAGGUGUGGCCAAACCCAGAGUUGUUUGACCCUUCCAGGUUUGCACCAGACACUCCCCGACACAGCCAUUCAUUCCUGCCCUUCUCAGGAGGAGCCAGGAACUGCAUUGGGAAACAAUUUGCUAUGAGUGAGAUGAAGGUGAUUGUGGCCCUGACACUGCUCCGCUUCGAGCUACUGCCAGAUCCUACCAGGGUCCCCAUGCCCUUAGCCCGACUUGUGCUGAAGUCCAAAAAUGGGAUCUACCUACAUCUCAAGAAACUCCACUGAUUCUGUUUUGGAGCUCCAAUGCCUGAGAUGAGUUUCACUGGCAGAAAGCUAAGUUGUUGGUGUGACCAACCUUCUUCAGAAGAGGACUCCAGAGAGUCCUCUCCUCUGUUCAGUACAGAUCAUCAUUCCUUGACACUGGAAUAUUCCCUUGCUUCAAAGCCAGCACCCUCCUCAUCCCCUCUCUUCUAAUGUCCUUCCCUUUCACAAACGCUUAUGACAACAUCAAGAUCCCUAAAAGCUCCAAGAUAGUUUUCCCAUCUAAAUGUAUCUUAUUCAACCUAACCUACUAAGUUCCUUUUGAAUUAUGAGGAAUUAUUCAAUAUGUACCAUGGGCUCGAAAACCCAAGGCCUGAACAUCAUUGUGAAGCCAUUAUUCAGCCUAGUAUCAUUUUCACAUGACAGUUACCUAAUGCGUUCAUGUAAAUCUACCCUGCAUAGUCUCUCUCUACCUGACUAAUCCUCACACAAGUUUGUCCAUCUUCCCUCCUUUCUGCAAUAAAGUUCGCAGUGUCAUACACAGCA